AUGGCGACUCUCGACAGUGACAUCUCCAGAGAUGUUAUCUCCCAUCAAGAACAUCGUGGGUCUGGUGCUAUUCAUGUUAUCAUGGGUCCUAUGUUCUCCGGAAAAUCGACCUCUCUCCUCCGCCGUAUCAAGUCCGAGAUCAGCAUCGGAAAAAGUGUUGCGAUGGUGAAAUCGAGUAAAGAUACGAGAUACGCUAAAGAUUCGGUGGUGACGCAUGAUGGAAUUGGAUUCCCUUGCUGGGCUCUUCCGGAUCUUAUGUCGUUUCCCGACAUAUUCGGACAUGAUGCUUAUGCCAAGCUUGACGUGAUUGGUAUUGACGAGGCACAGUUUUUUGGAGAUCUUUAUGAGUUUUGCUGCAAAGUCGCUGAUGAUGAUGGCAAAACUGUGAUUGUUGCGGGCCUUGAUGGUGACUACUUAAGAAGGAGCUUUGGUGCUGUUCUUGACAUUAUACCAAUAGCUGACUCUGUGACGAAGCUAAAUGCAAGGUGUGAGGUUUGUGGCCAGAAAGCUUUCUUCACUCUAAGAAAGACUUGUGACACCAAAACCGAGCUGAUUGGUGGAGCUGAUGUAUAUAUGCCCGUUUGUCGCAAGCAUUAUGUUAAUAAUCAAGCUCUCAUCAAACCUUCAAAGGAAGUCUUGGAUUCUGACAAGGCAAGACGUGAAUCCUGUUGGAGACAGUUGCUGCUAUGA